AUGUCUUUAGAAUUAUUAGCUCAAUUCGAUUCAUUUUUAGCAGAUCAUAUUGCACGUUUUAGUAAUAAAGGAAGCGGUACAACUUCUUAUUUAUCACACGGUAUUUGUGAUGAGUUUAUACAAUUAAUUACGAAAAAAAUGAAAAAUACUAUAAUACAAGAGUUAAUGAAAUCUAAAUACUUUUCAAUAAGCGUAGAUUCUACCCCAGAUAUCUCUCAUGUCGACCAACUUUCUUUUAUGGUGAGAUAUGUACAGCAUAACGGGGAGCCUAUUGACCGUUUUUUAUGUUUCACUCCUAAUACAGGACACAAAGCUGAACAAUUAGUAGAUGCUAUUUUAAAUAUUUUAAAGGUUUAUAACAUUGAUAUUGCUAAUUGUCUAGGACGGGCAUAUGAUAACGCCAGCAAUAUGUCCGGCAUUCAUACAGGUUUGCAGGCCCGAAUAAAAACAUUAAGCCCCUUAGCUUAUUUUGUACCAUGCGCUGCGCACUCUUUAAAUCUAGUAGGAACAUCUGCCGCUGAAUGUUGUAGUAAUGCAUCUUCAUUUUUUGGACUUAUUCAACAACUUUACAAUUUUUUCACAGCAUUUACUCAUAGAUGGAAUAUUUUACACGACAAUAUGAAGCAAAACUCAUACACACUUAAAUCUUUAUUAAUAACUAGAUGGUCGGCUCGCGCGGAUGCAUGUAGAGCUUUAAAUGCAUCAUGGUCAGAAAUAAUAAACUCAUUAUUACUUAUUAAAAAUAAUGAAAACGAAAAAUGCAUUACCAGAAACGAAGCCAAAGGUCUAUAUAAAAGUUUACAAUCUUUGGAAACUGCAUUUUUGACCGUUUUUUGGACAUAUGUAUUAGAUCAGUUAAAUAUAACUAACAAAACUUUACAAGGUACUGCAAUUGAUAUUGGUACAGCUUCAAAGUUAUAUGCAUCGCUUAUUAAUCUUAUUCAAGAAAAUCGGGAUAGUUUUGACUAUUUUGAAGAACAAGCAAAAACUAUGUCAGGAAUUGAAUUAUAUCAAGAUACAAAGACCCGUUUUAAAAAGAGGAAAGUAUUUUAUGAUGAAAAAAGCGAUACUGAUACAUCAAUGAAUGGCCGAGAAAAGUUUAAAAUAUUUACAUUUUAUGUGGUUAUUGAUCGAAUAGCAAGUGAAUUAGAAAAACGGCGACAGGCUUAUGAUUUUUACUACACUAAAUUUAUCGUACUCCACAAGCUUAUUUCUUUAAGUGUUUUGGAAAUAAUAGAAUAUGCCAAUAAGUUACAAGAAUGUUACAAAGAUGAUAUUGAAAAAGCAUUUUCAAAAGAAUGUAUACAUUUUAAAUCCUAUUUGGAAUCUUCAAAUAAACAAAUGAAUUGCAUUUCUCCUUUACAAAUGUGUAAGUUAUUACGAGAAGAUACUCUUACGGACGUGUAUCCUAAUAUAGAUAUUGCACUUAGAAUAUAUGUUUGUACUCCAAUUUCUAACUGUACUACUGAGCGUUCUUUUUCAUGUCUUAAACGAAUCAAAAAUUAUUUAAGAUCGACUAUGGGUACUAAAAAACUCAAUAGUUUGGCUAUAUUGAAUAUCGAAGCGGAUUUACUGUCGACUUUAAAUUGCGAUGAUUUAAUUGAUGCAUUUGCUGAGGAAAAAAGUAGAAGAAAAAGUUAA